GAAGAUGAAGCUGUCUCGCCCUUCUGCUCUGCUCCGCGUCGUCUUCUCCGUCGGCUCAGCUAUCCGCUGCUACAGCUGUAAGGACUACAGCGGCAGCUGCUCCAAACAGAGAGACUGCAGCUACGACGACGCCUGUCUCACCCUCAGUGAGAGAGGAGGGAUGACCUUCCGUCAGUGUCUGAAAUACACAGACUGUGAGUACAGCCGGCUGUCUCAGAUGUUUCCUCAGGUGUCCAGCUUCACCUUUAAGUGCUGUAACUCGGACCUGUGUAACUCCGCCCCCUCGGCUGCAGCGAGCUCUGUGAUUGGUCUGCUGGCGUCAGCUGGCGUCCUGUGGUGGUGCGUUCGCUGAGCAGCGCCCCCUGUGGCUGAAACAUGACACAGCAGUCUCUCUAACAUUAUUAUUAUAAUUGUUAUAAGACGUAUGUUUAUGAUCUCUAAAUCCUUCCUUGAGGAUUCAUAUGAAUAAACACAAACUCCUUAAACAGGAAACUAACCGCUGACCCGCCAAAAUAAAGUAUAACUGAAAUGACCAGCUGCUCUGUCUGUGAAGUCAUUUAAUAAAGUCUGACCCUCUGGA